AGAGUUGUAAGAGAAAAACUUAAUUUAACAACAAUAUUAAAUACGCAAAUGUUUUGUUGAAGAUAGUAUUAUUUAAUAGAAAAACUUGAUAAGAAUUCUACAAACGUAUAAUUGAAAAAUAAACAAUACUAUAUAGAUUAUAGGCAUUAAAUGAAAACAGACCAAACCAAACUAUUCAUAUAACAAAGCAAACAAAAGAAUCAAAAAAGACAAAAAUAUUGAUUCAUUUAUUUUUAAAAAGAAAUGAAAUAAUUGUGUGACGACAUAAAAAUAAAAGUAAAAAUACAAGAUUAGUAAUUGUGCUCUCAUAACCUAAAGAGGGUAAUCCCCGAAGAAAUCCAUAAGCAAACAAUAAAAUACAUUAAACGAGUUGAAAUUUUCUCUUCUUGUUCCCAUUAGUCAGAUUGUUUUGUUUAAGAGUUUGUGAAAGGAUACAGAGCCAAUUUCUAAAUAAUGUCUGACGAGGAAUCAUUUGUUAUUUUGGGAUCAUCUCCCAUGUCAUCGUUGGAAGUGGAUGGUGGGGAUACUAAGAAUAAUUUGAGAACAUCAUCUUUACAAUCCGAUACACCAGGCAGCCGUUUUUCAUCUUUAAAAAGUAGCCAAAUGAGCGAUUUGCAAAAUGCUCAAGAAAUUGUGACACAAGCACGAGAUGAAAAUCUCAUACAGCCAGAGAGGUCCAAUCCUGUUAUUAGUAGCUUUAUAAAAUCACGUAAAAGUAGUGCCUCAUAUAUAAAAGACAAUGAUGAAAGUGAUGUAAGGGAAUUCCAUGAUUGUCGUAAUAUACAGCCAGAAACGGCUGUUUCUGCAAUGGGGAUACAACCAAAAACUCAAGACAUUGAAUGGGCUGUCGCACAAAUGGCUGAACCAACAUUAAUAAAAUCUAAGACAGAUUUUGUACACCGUAAAUUGGAUGACCCGGUAUUUAGGAGCAUGAUCAAAACAGCAGUAGAAAAAGAUAUAUCUGGCAGUCAUUUGUCAUAUUUAAAAAAGAGUCAGAUAAUUGAUUCACGAAGUGACAUACAGCCAGAAAUGGCCGAUCCAGGUAUAAAAAUUGCAAAACCAAAUCUCAUUCAGCCAGAAAUGGCUGAUCCUACAAUAAUAAUACAACGCAAAUCACAAGAUAGGCAACAACAAUUAUGGAGUAGAGAACCGCAGGUCCAAGUAGAAGAAAAUAUGAUGCCAUUCAAUUUAGAGGACUGUGCUCUAAAAUCUCCCCUUGAGCAAAAGCAAGAACAACAAUUAGAAAAAAAUGUUAUACAGGCGACUACUAUAAACUCAACAAAUGGAAUUAGUAGUUUUGUUGAGAUCACCAACAACAAAUCGACUUCGAGCAGUAAUAAAUCAACACCCCCAUUAUCGGUGGACAAUAAUUUGGCUUCGAGUUUUCUAAUGGGAGAAGUCAAUGCUGAUGUUCUAAAGACCAGUGUUUACUCGCAGUUUCCCAGUAUAUCCAUGGAGGCUUGUGCAGAAGAUGUUGUUAAAUUACAAAACAUGGUUACCGAGUACUCUCAGUUGAAAACCACUAUUAAAAAAGCGAAUAAUACAAUGAAACAAUUUUAUAACAAUUCAUUGCAAUGGAAGGAAAAAAUGAAGACAAUGGAAGAAAAAUAUAAAAAUCGAUUGGACGGUUGUCAAAGAGAGAUUGAAGUGUUGCGCAAACAAAAUCAAGAAUUAGAAAGCAGUUUCAAGAGCCAAAUUGAAGCCUUAGAAAUUGCGCGUAAAAAGGAUCGUGAAGAGACCGUACAAGAAAUUUCCGAAAAAAAUGCUUUAGUGGAAAAUAUGAGAGCCCAAAUUAUAAAAUUGGAACAGCAGCAAAUGGCCUCGUUUGAAUUUGUAGCACAAACUCAAGGCGAGCAGAAAACCGAACAGUUUAAUCAAGUUUUUAUAACACGACGCGAACACAAUGAUAAAAUUAAACAAUUAGAAAGAAAAUUAUCCGAGAUGCUGGCUUCGAAUCUAGAUUUUAAAGAUAUAGAGACACAGUAUGUAGACGAAUUAAAUUGCCUGAAAGUGAACUUAGUUGCAUCUGAGGAAUUGCAUAAAAAGUAUCGUGCUGAAAUUGCCGAGCUCGUAGAGGCCAAUAGAAAAGGACAACAACAAAUGGUUGAAUUAGAAAAAUCUAUAGAAGAGUUAACCAGGGCGAAUGAGCAACAAUGUGAACGCAUUUCAUUGUUGGAACAUCAAAAUGAAGUGCAUCGCAAGGAUUUCGAAAUGGAGCAGGAAAGUCGCCAGACCGCUGUAAAGGAAAAACAACAAAUAUUACAAGAUUUAAGAAAUUUGCAAAGAAAAAAUCAAGAACUCAUUGAGGAACAUCAAAAAAUAGCGCAAAGUUAUCAGAAAAAGUAUUCCUCAGCAGAAGCAAUGCAAACAUCGCAAAUAACUGCCGCUGCAGCAGCCGCUCAAACGUACUUGAAUAACCCCCAAAGACCCAUACGAGUAAGCACUGCUUUACCGUCACCAUCUACAGCACAGCGAGUUGCACUGCACAUGUGUCCUAUUUGUAAUAAAGCAUUCAAUUCUUUGAAUAUUUUGGAAAGUCAUGUUCAGGAUUGCUUAGAUAAAAAUUAAUUAUCAACGUAUAUCGAUAAAAUAUACAUAUAUAAAAAAAUAUUUAUAUUUUUAGGCAUGUAGGAGUUAUAAUCCAUGGUAACAUGUAUUGAUUUAUGAAAUAAUAGAAGGGAGAUUCUAUAUCAAAAUGUACAAGAGCAAAAUUUGUCAUCGCCGUUUUGAAUGAAAUUCAGCAUAAAUAUAGAAAUUUACUAGAAUCAUAAAUGCUUGGAACUUGCGUUCUCAAAUUAUCAACAAUAUUAAAUACCUUAACUAAAUUCUAACUAACAAGUGGCUAACUUUUUGUGAGUAAAUUUCUAUAAGGGAAAGUUUGGUAAGAAAUUUCCGAACGGAGUGUGUGUUAGGCAUGAAAAAAAACAAAAGCUGUCACGUUAUUAUGUGUAGAAAGUUGUUUGUAUGUAAGUUUAGGUCAAAAUUUGUAACUGAAUUUUGAACCAAAGACUGGAAAAUUCGAAGUUAUGUUCGAAAAAAUUGUAAUAUUCAAAAAUUCGAACUCAUGUUCGAAAAAUUUUCAAAGAUGUUCAAAUAAUAAACAUGAGUAUUCUUAAAAAAUACUUUUAGUUUUAAUUAAGACCAAUUUCAUACAUUUUCCAAUUUCGAACUUAAAAAUUUUUGAAAAAACUUAAUUCAAAAUUUAUGAGUUCAAGUUUUUUAAAAUAUGAUCAACAAUUCGAAUUUAAAUUCGAAAUAUUAGAGGAGCUCUAAAUAUAAAAAUAAUAAUGGAAAAACAUUUUUUAAAAAGCUUUUAUUUAAUUGCUCUUAAAAGAAUAAACUUUAAUUUGAAUAUAAUUUUGUCGCCACAAGUCCAGCAUCAGAAAAAUAUUGCAAACAACUUUUAUGUCAUAUAAAUUGCAUAAUGUAAUAAAUAGUUUGAUUUAAUCAUUUUUACAAAUAUGUUUUAUAAUUAUUUUAUCACAUUAGUCUGCAAUGCAACACCUCGUUUCCUAUAAGUUCUUAAACGCAUCACCUUUUUUGUAACACAAAUUCUGUGCUUUUUGAUAUAGAUUUUCAUGUAGAAAAUAAAUGUUAGAAAUAAUAAACUUUGUUAAGACCAUUUUGUUUUAUUACAGUGUUUUUUAACCCUAUAAUAAACAAAAUAAAUCAUCAUGUAAAUAAAAAAUUAAUUAAAUAAAAACUAAUAUUAAGCAUUCAAAUAAA